GCUCCAUCAGCUGAAGGGGAAAUGGCGACCGUCCGAUCAUCUUCUCCCACAUUGCGCUAUGUCUCUCUUUUGUAACCAUGGAACCCCUCAGCGUCAGAGCUCCGUAACCACGACUGGUCAGGCCGUCCUGGAUCUUCCACUGGACAUCCAACAAUCACGACUUCACGACAAUCAUAACUGGCAACCAACUACACAGUCAAGAUGAACACAGCUUGGGUUGGUGCUCGCUCGUCGGCGACACCCUCACAACUUGAGGCUCUUGCUCGCGCCAUCCGCAACACGCCCAUCAUCGACAACCAUGCCCAUCCUCUCCUGAAGCUCGAAGCUCUCGCCAAGCACCCUCUGCUGUCCAUCACCUCCGAGGCACACAAUAGCGAUGCUGUCAACUCGGCCAUCCACUCGCUCCCCCAUCUGCGUGCCGUCAGACAGCUGUCUGAACUGCUCAAGUGUAACAACACGUGGGAGGAUGUUGUGGCUGCCAUUGAGCAGAAGCGCAUCGAUUUCCCCUUGGAAUGGACCGCCCAGUGUCUGGAGGGCAUCGAGACAUUGCUGCUCGACGAUGGGCUCGACAACGAAGACGAUGCCCAAGACAUGGUCUGGCACAAUGACUAUACCCGUACCCAGUGCAAACGCAUUGUGCGUAUCGAAAAGGUCGCUGCCGAUAUCAUCAAGAGGAUUGGAAAGACCUGUGAUGCCUCGCCAAGGACUGGCAACGAUGUCUUGAACGACGCCUACGACGACUGGAUUGUCGAGUUUGAUACUAUUAUGAACGAAGCUAUCGAUGACCCCGACGUGGUGGCCUUCAAGUCCGUUAUCUGCUACCGUACCGGCUUGGACAUCACCAGCACGGUCAACGAGGUUGAAGCUCGUGCUGCCUUUGCAGAGAUCAUUGCCAACUUCGCCUUGUUGGACUUCACCAAGCUACAAGAGGUCACUCUCAACGACUUGGUUGUCCACCGUACCGCCAUGUUGAUCCGCGAUAGUCCGUCCAAGAACAAGAAGCCUAUUCAGUUCCACACCGGUCUGGGUGACAAUGACAUUACACUUGCCAAGUCAUCGCCAGCCCAUCUGCAGCACUUCAUUCGCGCAUAUCCAACUGUGCCCAUUGUGCUCCUUCAUGCUGGAUAUCCCUUUAUGAGAGAGGUCGGCUAUCUCGCCAGUGUGUAUGAGCAUGUUUAUGCGGAUAUUGGCGAGGUCUUCCCGUGUAUUAGUGAAGACGGCCAGGAGCAGGUCCUACGACAGAUCCUCGAGCUCUGCCCCUGGUCAAAGAUAUUGUGGAGUACAGAUGGUCACUGGUUUCCCGAGACCUACCUGCUUGCCGUCACCCAGAUGCGCGAGGUGUUCACAAAUGUACUGAGUAACUACGUCCGCAAAGGCCACAUUGGAUACAAAGCCGCCAUUGAACUUGUCCAGGACAUUCUCUUCCGAAACUCCAAUAAGCUCUACCAUCUCGAUAUAGACUUCAUGGAGCUCGAUGAAGAGCCCGGUGCCGAGGUCGGACCCUACGCAAGCGACCUUGAGCUUUUUCAGCUCUUUUUGAAGGACCAACCGCCUCCUGACUUUGUCCGUAUUUGCUGGAACGACUACACUGCAACCCCACGGAUGCGCAUGGUCCCCUUCCGCAAGUUCAUGUCCUUGUUUGACCAAGCCAAGUCAACCGAUAUUUCCAUCCCAAAAGCCGUGUUCGGUCUCAUUCAGAACGAUCAUCUUGUUCCAUCUAUCGCUCCUACUGGAGAGUAUCGUCUGCACCCGGACUUUUCUUCGCUCCGUCCUGGUCCUACUGAAGGACAUGUGAGCAUGUAUGGCGAGUUCCGUGAGAAGUCCGGAGCCCCCGUUCCCCUGUGCCCCCGGACACUACUGCAAAAGGCCGUUGACUUGGGCACCGAGAACGGAUUGACCUUCCUGCUUGGGUUCGAGAUUGAGUUCCUUCUGCUCGAAAGAGUGGAGGGUGCAGAUACCUCCGCAACACUAUCCUUGAACUCUUUGAACCCGCUCAAACACCGCCCAUCAGAAGCCUCAGGCCGUUUCAGUACCUUGACUACUGAUGGCCACGCCUGGUCUGUCUCUCGCUACUUUGCCGACCCCAAGGUCUCCAAGCUCCUGCGCGAUAUGGUCCAGGCUCUCGACUCAAUGGGCAUUUACGUCGAACAACUCCAUGCCGAGUCCGCAACCGGCCAGUUCGAGCUCAUCCUUCCCCCUUACCCACCCAUCCAAGCGGUCGACACUCUCCUCCACACCCGCGAUGUCAUGUUCGCCCUCGCCACCGCAGCCGGCUACAAGAUCACUCUCCACCCCAAACCCUUCUCAACCGCAUGUGGCACCGCUGCCCACACGCACAUAAGCAUCUCCUCUCCCGGCGGCGACAAGCCCGAAGUCUACGAGCCCUUCUACGCCGGUAUCCUCAAGCACCUCCGCGCCAUCACAGCCUUCACCUACUCCAACCCGGCUUCCUUCGAACGCCUCAAAGACGGCGCAUGGGCCGGCGGCCGGUGGGUCACCUGGGGCACCCAGAACCGGGAAACCCCCCUCCGGAAGAUCGAGGGCUCACACUGGGAGUUGAAAGCUAUGGACGGCCUAGCCAACCCUUACUUCGCCAUGGCAGCUGUGCUGCUGGCUGGUAUCCACGGGUACAUGGACCAGGAGAAGUUAACCUGGGGAGACUGCGAGAUUGACCCCGCGAAACUGACGCCGAAUGAUCGGGCGGAGCUGGGCGUGAAGGACAUGUUGCCAGCGAGUGUCGAAGAGGCGUUGACGGCGCUGAGAGGGGACGAGGAGUUUGUAGAGUUUUUCGGACAGGAGGUGGUGGAGAGGUAUUGUGAUGUCAAGGAGUUUGAGAUGGAGUUCUUGGCGGAGAUGGGAGAGGAGGAGAGGAGGAAUUGGAUUAUGGAGAGGUAUUAGGGGAGGCUUCUUCGAGGCUUCUUCGAUGUUCUGAGUCUACAGGAGGGGAUGCUCCGUUUGUCGUGUAGCUUACUGUGCAACCAGAGACAUGUAUCUCUUGGUAGUGGUGGAAAAAUGCAAAAAAAAGAGCCCAGAAGAGGCUUCAAAUCCUCGGACGAUACCAAAAGACCGAACGUGAACGGCGCGGAAUUAAGGUGGAUUAUCACCGCUACACACACACAAAGGAAUCACGUUCUUUCCAACGCACCC